AUGUCAAAAUUAGUUUCCUAUGGGAAUGACGGUCAAGGAAUACUGUGUGGAGCCACUGUUGUUGAUAAUUAUUGGCUUUUGACUGCGGCUCAUUGUGCUCUACAACUUCAAAAAAGAUCCUUUAUUUAUGUUCGGAAGCCAACUACAAACAAGGAAUACUCAUUUAAAGUAGUGGAGGCAUAUGUACAUGCUGGAUAUAACAAUCAAACUGCCGAUCAUGAUAUUGCAUUAUUAAAAAUUUCAUUCGAUCUCUCCAAACUAGGAAUCAACCCGGUUUGCCUUGUGCGUGAUGAUUCAAAACUUCUGAAAGAUUACAAAAAUGGAAUGGUUAUUGGAUAUGGAUUGACUUUAGGAGAAGAUUCAUUAGGCUCCCCAAAACUACUAAACAGCCAGACACUUCAAAGCACUUCCGUUCCAAUUAUUCCUGAUGCAGAAUGUGUUAAAACUUGGAGAUUCUUAUCGUUAUUAUCUGUUAAGAUCACUUAUAAUCAGAUUUGUGCUGGAUCUUAUAUGCAUGGAACUGCUCCGGGUGAUUCUGGAGGUCCACUUUUGAUUCAUAAAUCGGAUGGAGAAUAUGUUCAGAUAGGAAUAACAAGUUACGGAGCUGAUGGGUUAGACGGAGUUAUAGAUCAAGGAAAGUUCCCUGGUGAGCUAUUUUUAUUCUCUGAUUGGAAAAAAACUUUACACAUUUUCGGUUCCCAGGAUAACAUUUAG